AUGUUUCUCCACUUCCUGGUAUUCUGUCUGGUUUACCUGGCUGAGGCUCAAUCGACUUUCCAGCAAGUCACAAACGAAACCAGCGUCAAUUUCCAGUCCAUUACAGUACCCGGUGGAUUUACGUCGCUACGCGACGCCUUCCAAAUGUGCAAUUCCACUCAACUCUGCGUGUAUGUGCGCUGCUGCUAUUAUUCCGCGAUUUCUGAGCCUCUUUUUAAAUUAGGAACAAUUGGCGGAGCCGAGACUGCUGCCGAUGGGUGUAAAACAUACGAAAAGCACACUACCGCCGGAUCGUGUACAAACGCGAAAAAUGGAGACCCUACUGAAAUGAAAGAUGAUGAA